AUGACGCUAACUUGGUUCUACAGAAACAAUGAUAUAUUGUCAUGGUGGGACAACUACCUGGAGGAUAUAACACGAGAGGAAGAAUGCGACAGCAGUGAAAGGGCCAUUCUAGAGGAGCUAGUGGCCAGCCACAACAGAGGCUCAACACAAUCACAGCCAGAAAAAGAAAUAGAUUUGGACAUCCCCGAAAUAAAUGACCCAAUUGCUCCGAUAAUCAUUGGGAAACCAACAAUGUCCAGAAGUAACACAGGAAAAGAACUGCAAGAAGGUGACAUGGUGUUGUUGGAUAGCCUCAGAUUCACUGAGCAGUGGCCGCAGGUAGCACAAGUGGUGCAUCUAGAAGAAGACGUGGCAACUGUUCAGUGGUUCUGGGGUAAUAAGACAACACCAUGGACCCCUGCUACAAAGAAUAAGACAGGGCAGCGGGGCAGAAGAGAACCUUAUUUACUUGUGUUCAAAAAAGAGUUAAUAUGGCACUAUGGUUUUAAUCUCACCCCUUCUGGCAUGUUACCAAAGAGUGUUCGGGAUAAAGUCGACCACUAUUUUGACUAAUGGGAUCAUAAAAUUAAUUUUCAUGUUCAGUUGAAUAGGAUUUUCAAUUUCUACUUUCACACUAUGUACCCAGAUAAUCUUAACUCUGUUCAGCGACCCUAACUCAGUGGCAACAAGGCGUCUGUAAAGCCAGUACAACUUUGUUUUCUGUGUAAUUACGAUGUAAAUCUACUAGGCAAUGCUACAUGUCAAAUAUCUAAGAUCUAAGCCUUUUGGUUUAUUUUUAGAAAUUUAUUUGAAGAUUUUCCUAUGUAAAAUCAAGUGACCCCUGGGGCGGGGUCAAUUUUGACCCCGGGGGUCAUGAUUUGAACAAAUUUUGUAGAGGUCUACUAGGCAAUGCUACACGUGAAAUAUCUAAGCUCUAGGCCUUCUGGUUUAUUUUUAGAAAAAAUUUGAAGAUUUUCUUAUGUAAAAUCAAAUGACCCCUGGGGCGGGGUCAAUUUUGACCCCGGGGUCAUGAUUUGAACAAUUUUAGUAGAGGUCCACUAUGCAAUGCUACAUGUCAAAUAUCUAAGCUCUAGGGCUUCUGGUUUUUGAGAAGAAGAUUUUUUAAGAUUUUUCUAUGUAAAAUCAAGUGACCCCUGGGGCGGGGUCAAUUUUGACCACGGGGUCAUGAUUUGAACAAAAUUGGUAGAGGUCCACCAGGCAAUGCUUCACACCAAAUAUUUAAGCUCUAGGGCUUCUGGUUUUUGAAAAGAAGAUUUUUCCUUUCGGUUGCCAUGCCAACCAGAGUUCUGCAUGGAUUUCAAUUCUUUGAACAAUUUUUGUAGAGCUUCACCCAAGGAACAUUCCUGUGAAGUCUGGAUGAAAUCUGCCUAGCGGUUUAUGAGGAGAUGUCGUUUGAAGUAAAAUUUACGGACGCCGGACGGUGACCCAUCCUAAUAGCUCACCCUGAGCCUUUGGCUCUGGUGAGCUAAAAAUACUUAUAUGCUUUUGAUGCCUAUACUAUUUUAUUGUUUGAAAGCAAAAAAAAUACUGCUUUAUAGGUCCAUUUAGUCCAUUUACACUAUGUUGUUAACCCACUACAUGUUAACACAAUACAUGUUCAAAUGUACUGACAGUGAGAAAAGGGAUAAACACCUAACUUCAAGUUGAUAAAAACCAAACUCAGUUUACAUGAGGAAUGGAUAAAAACCUAAAUUACACGAAUCAAGGGAAGGAUAAACACCUUAUUGACUAGUAUUCUAUAGAAAUGAAUAAGUUAACAUGUACAUGGCCUGAUUACUGUAAACAUUACUUCACUGUUUAAGCAGGGGCGGCAAAAUCUGAUUUUGAUUUGCUUGUCUGUUUUUGUCAUUUGCUAUUUUUUACUUGUCCAUAUGAUAGUUACAUAGUAAAUUCUGGUCAAAUUUCACUUGUCCAUACAAAAAAGCUGUGGGACAACCUGGGCAAUACGGACAAUUGAAUUUGCUGCCCCUGUUAACAGUCAGGGGUGUAACUGUUUUAAGUUAUGUAACCUAUUUCAGUUACUUUUUCCAGCAUUUUAUAACCUGUAUGAGUUAUAAAAUAUAGAUAACCCAGGUAAGUUAUUCAAAAAAAGCCUUUUUGCUGUUCUCACAAAUUGACCUUUAAAUUGUAAUUAGUAGCAAACUGUGGUUAAUCAAAUUCUCUUUUAGUCUGAUCAUGGCCUGAUGAGCUCAAUGGGAUGUUAAGAGUUUUAUAGCUUUAAAACCGUCUGCGUAAGACUUUAUCAGCCUUGCGUAAAAAAAUUUACUGCAUAGCUGGAAAGAUAAAAGACCAAGGAUUCAGGAAAUGAUUGCAUUAGUCACAUUCAAAAUAAGGAUUUGGCACAGGAGGGCUUUGUAAUAUUUUAUGAUAACUGAAACAAGUUAUGAAAGUAAACACAAUAACUCAAAUGGGUUAUAAAAUGUGAUAACUUGAAACAGUUACACCCCUGACU